UGAAACAGGAAGUGGGACUUCCACAGAGAGAACACACAGGAUGCGCCAGUUUUUUGAGAAAGUCUAAGGAAGUGAAGAGAUGUAUGUAUGUUCAGCAUUAUGUCAUAAAGGAAACUGAAUACAAAAUGAGCAAGAAGACCUCACCCCCACCUAGACCUCCCGCCCCUAAGGUAGGUGGUGGCAGCAUGAGCUUCAGCUUUAAAGCUCUUGAAGAGGAGGAUGAAGAAGAGCUCACAUUCGUAACGGGACGAAAGUUUGACAAGCAAGUGCAUGAGGAAAAGGAGCGACAUGCACGUUCUCUGGAAAGGGAAAGGUCAGUGUCAAAAUCUCCUGAAACCAGGCCAACUAUAGAGGAGCACAUGGAAAAAUCUCCAUCCAUAAAAAGUCAGAAUUCCUUUGAAAAACUUAAAGACUUUAAAGAUAAAAUUCAAUCAGAAAUCCAAAAGAAGAAAGAUGAAAUGUUUACUGAUUCUACAGUAAGUAGUCCAGCUACUAAAGAUAAGCAAAGGGUAACUGUUAUAAAAGAGAAAACUCUUCCACUUGGAAAUAUGCCAGAAACAGUGAGGGGUGAGGUGGAAAGCUUUGAAGAGUCUGGAGAAUUUGAGAGUGUGAAUGAACAAGAUACUAAUGAUGAUACAGAUUUCUUUGAGACUAAGUCAGAUGAAAAAGAUGAUUCAGCUCCCUUCGCUGAUGCAGAGCUUGAUGACCAUUUAGAAAUCAAUGAAGAAUAUUUUAAAUCAACUGAAGAAGAUUUUUCAGAUCUUCCCGGUGUUGUGCCAAUGGUGAGACAAAGAAAACGCUUCCAAAAACAUAGAAAAAUAAAACCAGUUGUUCCAGUUGCACCAGUGUCGAUGGUAAAACUUAGUCAGAAAGUACCAGAAGAUGAAAUUGUUCCCAGUAAGUUAGCUUCUGCCCAGAAUCAAAAUGAUAAAAAAGACGAAGUAAAUUCUGACAUCAAUGCAGAGUCCGGGAUAAAUAUCCAUGGAACAAAAGUUCAAAUGAAGUCAGUUUUUGGAGGUGUUAUCAUUCUCUUCCUAUUUUUUAUUAUUCCUUUGCCGUCCUAUUUAAGUGGAAUGGUUAUUGGGAUGGUUUUAAGUUCGGCUGGCUGGAUGCUGUAUCUUUGGGUGAACAAACCAGCCAAACCAAGGGAGCCUAUUCCAGAGGAUCCUCCUCUUGACAAGUUGCCUCCCAUGCUGGUACCAGAAAUGAAGGAACCCAAAGGAGAGGAUUGUGUUUACAAGGGUUGGAUGAAUGAAAUUCUAGAUUAUCAGCCAGAGACUUACUCAAUCAACAACACACAUUCCGUUUACGUUCAUUUGGAUGGCACAACCCUUAGACUACGCAGACCUAAGGUCAAUAUGCCAAGACGUGCUAUGUGGGAUGAGCCAAGCAGCAACCCGCAGUUCAUUCAUCAAAGGCAUUAUGAUAUUGUUGGAAGUAAAGUGCUGUUGCUGCCAUCAGGACUUGUGAAAAAAAGACUUUGGAGCAAAAAAUAUCCUCUUUGUAUAGCUCUUGCAAAUGAUGGCAAGAAGCAGAGUGUAAAGCCAGAGACCAGUUCUGUAUCUGGCAGUAAUGGGAACCAGUCAGCAGGAAAAUUGAGUACCAGUAAUAGUGCUGAUUCAGUCCAAGGAUUUGAAAUGGUCAAUGAACAGAAGUGCGAUUCUUCUGUUCUAUUCUUGUUUGCAAGAACUUGCCGUGAAAAAGAACAAUGGUAUAGACGUCUUGUAGCUGCUACUAAUGGAACGCCAUUGAAAAAUCACAUUCGAGAGGUUAAAAGAUUAAUAGAAAGUUCUAAAUCUUCCAGUUAUAAGCGUUCAAGUAGCACAGAUAGUUUAAGACACAAAAGUCAAAACUCAUCAGAUUCAAUUUCAUCUAUCAGCACUACAGCAUCUAAUGUUGACGACUCUGGUGAAACAGAUCUCAAGAACUUUGUGAUGUAUAUGUCCAGGUUAAUUCCCCGUGAUAAAGACAGCAGUCUCCCUUCAAGUCCUGUCCAUGGCGUUAGCGGAAAGGAUAAAGACAUGAAACAUAGUGAUUCAAAAUCAAGUAUUGCUGGAAGCCCUGGCUCAAAGGGUGUUGUUUGUGAACCAGUUUUACUUCCCCUUAAUGCUCUUCUUGCAAGAUGUUUCUGGGAUUUCCUUGGGGACCAGUAUUGGGCCAACAAAGUCAAGGAAAAAUUGCAGAAAAAGCUGUCUAAAAUUCAUAUUCCAUAUUUCAUUGAAGAAUUACAGAUCGGUGAGAUCUCUCUCGGAUCCGAGGUUCCUGUGAUACGCCGUGCAAAUAAACCAUACCUUGACGAGAAUGGUUUCUGGAUUGACGUAGAUGUCACUUACAGCGGAAAGUUCAAAAUGACGAUAGAGACCAAAGUGAACCUGCUAAAGCUGAAAAGCCCGGCAGCAUCUAACACUGAAAGUAAAAAGACUAAAAGGUCAGCCAUAACAGACAGUGAGGAGGAAGACAGUGCUGAAUCUUCUACAGAUGAGGAGGAUGAACCAACUAACCUUGCUGAUGAUGGAUCAGGUCAGUCUGGUGGAACUGGUAAGAAAAUUAUGAAGUAUAUCAACAAGAUUGCUGCAUCUAAAUAUUUCCAAAGUGCAACAGAGAACAAAUACAUCAAGAAAGCAAUGACAGGGGUCUCCAACACACCUCUCAUUCUCACUGUGGAGGUACAGAAGCUGAGUGGAACACUUGCUGUGAAUAUACCACCUCCACCAUCAGAUAGACUGUGGUAUGGUUUCCGUGGUAAUCCACAGCUAUGGCUAGUUGCUAAACCAAAGGUUGGUGAAAGGGAGGUAACAAUGAGUCAUAUUACAGACUGGAUUGAGAAAAAACUGGCUAUGGAGUUUCAGCAUGUGUUUGUGAUGCCAAACAUGGAUGACCUUGUAAUUCCUAUUCUAAUGCCUGGUGUUGAAGUUGACGCUGCCACUACAGAUGUACCACAUUCCGAGAAUGACUUCUGAAUUUGAAUAAGCAUUUUAUACAAUAUUCAACAUUCAAGUUCAUUAUACCCCCACAAAACGAAGUUUGAGGGGGGUAUAUAGGAGUGAGCUUGUCGGUCGGUCCGUUGGUUUUCAUGGUUUCCGGACGAUAACUCAUGAAAGGCAUGACCGAUUUAAAUAAUUUUUGGUACACAGGUAUAACAUCAGAAAAUACAGGUCAGGUUCGACUUCGGGGUUAGUAGGUCAAAGGUCAAGGUCACAGUGACUCGGAACAGUUAACGGUUUCCGGAUGAUAACUUGAGAAUGCUUGUGUCUAGGAUCAUGAUUUUUUGUACACAGGUGUAACAUGAUAAAAUACAGGUCAGGUUCAACUUUGGGGUUGGUAGGUCAAAGGUCAAGGUCACAGUGACUCGUAACAGUUAUACGGUUUCUGGUUGAUAACUUGAGAACUCUUUGAUCUAGGAUCAUAAUUUUUUGUACACGGGUGUAACAUGAUAAAAUACAUGUCAGGUUCGACUUUGAAGUUAGAAGGUCAAAGGUCAAGGUCACAAUGACACGAAACAGAUAAACAGUUUCCGGAUGAUAACUUGAGAACGCUUGUGCCUAGGAUCAUGAAAAUUGAUAAGGAGUUUGGUUAUGACCAGCAGAUGACCCCUUAGGAUUUUGAGGUCAGUAGGUCACAGGUCAAGGUCACAGUGACCUGGAACAUUUAAAAUGGUUUUCGGACAAUAACUUAGAAUACUUUGGACUAGGAUCACGAAACUUUAUAGUGAGAUUGGUUAUGACCAGCAGAUGACCCUUAUCAAUUUUGAGUUCCAAAGGGUCAAAGUGACCCAGAACAUUUAAACAUUUUCCAGACAGUAACUUGAGAACGCUUGGGCCGAGGAUCAUGAAACUUAAUAGGGAGGUUGAUCAUGACCAGCAGAUGACCUGUAUUGAUUUUGAGGUCAGUAGGUCAGAGGUCAAGCAAGUUCGGCUUUAACAUUGGCUUAAUUCUGUGACAAGGCUAUAUUGUGGGGGUAUAAUUCCUCACUCCUGUGACAACUCUAGUUUUAUUUUGCUUAAAAUGCAGUGAAACUGACAAAAAAGAUAUGUUUCAGUCGUUAAAAGUUAUCCCCCAUUUGAUUUUGAAAGGAACAAAGUUGUUCACCAUUUGAUUUUGAAAGUUACAAAAGUUUUAAAUUCGUGUGCAUGAAAUUUUGUGGUUUUGGUCAAAUCAGCAAUUACGUGGGGAUGUGAAUUCGUGGAUUUCAACUUUAGAACAAAAUGAAUUUGAAUUUUAUUUGUUCUUUGGGAUUAAAUUUCGUAUAUUGACUCAACCACGAAAUCCACAAAAUUAGUCCCCCACAAAUAUUAAUGAUUUCACAGUAUUGUAAAUGCAUGAGUAAAGAAAAAGUGUACUUUACAUAAAAUCAUGGCUACUCACAGAUCAGGCUCGCAAUAAUUUGUAUAAAUUUUUGAUAUGUGAUAAACAUUUGCUGUGGUGCAUAUUUUUUUUUGAAAUGUUAAGAGAUAUAUAUUUAUCAUUAGUUAAUUUAAUUUAUUUGAAUUUAUUUACUUGUGUGUUAGAGACUGCUUAAAGUUUUGUUAUGUUCAUUUUUUUUUUUUUUUUUUUUUUUUUUUUUUUUUGAAAAUAGAUAUUUUUUCUCAAAGCAGAAAAAUUAGUUGCUCAAAUAUUUCUGAUAUAUUGCAUUUCAAUCUUCAAAAUUACGCAUAGCAAUGUAUGGCUAUCAAGAAUUUUCACUUGAUACAAUAGAACUGCCCUAACGUUAAAUGGAAAUGUUAUUUAGACAAAUUUUUGUGAAAUGUUUAAUUGAUCUUUAAUGAAGUUUGUUUGCAAAAUGCCCUACAGAAUAGCAUAUGCUUCUUGAAUACUUAACAGAGUCAGUAUGUAAAAAAACAAAUCAUUCUGACAGACAGCUAGGGUAAAGUAUGUUCAGUUACACAGACAUAUUAAUGCCUUAGUUUGCUUGCUCAGGCCUUGUGUUUAUAUGUUGUUCCUGAAUGUUUCAUAAGGUUGUUAUUUAUGUGCCUACCCAUGUGUUAAAUAAUGCUGUAAGGGCAACCAUAUUCUUCCUCUAGCAUAAAAGCUUGAUUCACUUGCCCCUUACAGCUGUGGGUUCAAAACCACAGUGAGUUUGAAAAACUUCUUCAUGUGAGAAAGCCAUACAGCUAGUUAUGGAAGGUCAGUGGUUCCACCUUAGUGCCCACCCAUGCCUGAAGUAUUGCAUAAAGGGACACCUGGGUUUUUUUUCUCCAUAAAAGGCUAGAAAGUAACAAUAUUAGCAGUGAUCAUGUGGGUGUGAUGGUAAACCUUUUAAAUGAAAAAAAAAACUGUAUUAUAUUUGUCAUAUCCUGUAUUUUGCUAUACUGAUAAAUAUUUUUCCAUUGUAAUUUUGUAGCAUUAUUCAUAUUUAUUUUGUUUAAUGCUUAUUUGUUGUUUGUUUAUGGUAUACAAAGUGUAGUAUUGUUUGAAUGUGUUAUCAUUCAUCUAUGAAAACUGAGGACAUAGUAUUAAAUAGGGGCCUCCGUGGCCGAGUGGUUAAGGUCCCUGACUUACAGUCACUUGCCCCACACCAAUGUGGGUUCGAGCCUCACACGGGGCGUUGAAUUCUUCAUGUGAGGAAGCCAUCCAGCUGGCUUACAGAAGGUCGGUGGUUCUACCCAGGUGCCCGCUUGUGAUGAAAUAUUGCACGGAGAGGCAUCCGGGGUCUUCCUCCACCAUCAAAGCUGGAAAGGGGCCAUAUAACCUAUACUUGUGUUGGUGCGACAUUUAACCCAACAAAAAAAAGUAUUAAAUAUGUUUCAGUAAAAACAAUUUGAUUUUGGUCUUUUCAUACUAAGGGUAAUUCUUUGAGUAUGUUAUGGGAAACACAUUUAGUGUAGCCAAUAAGUUUUUAUAAUGUAAGGCUAGCAUCAAUAAAGGUUAAUAGGAGUUUUAUGUAUAUUGUAGCUUGUGUACUUUAUUGUGCAAUAAGUAUAGGCUUGGUCUUCCAUGUCUUGUCAAAAUUGCUAAUUGUAAUAGUGUACUUUUGGGACCAGUUUGAUCAAAGCUGGCCUUAUAUAUUUUUAUGUAGCCAAGGGUUGCAUCAUUCUGUUCUUUCUUGAUUAUAUCCGUUGUAUAAUAAGUAAAUACAUAGUCAUUUUGUCCCUUGUUUUACAAAUUUAUUAUUCACACUCCAGUUACAAUCCCUUUUUAUCAAGUAGCAUGUCCUACUUCGUGUUAUUCUGUCUUCUAUUUAUAAACCCCAUACCAUUUGAGAACAAAUACAUCAGUAAAGUCAGUACAACAGGCAACAACACAGCCUCAUCACAAUGCCACCAUGCUUAGCUUGGACUCUUUUUCAUGCAAACUAUCACAGAAUUGAACUAUCUGGUUAUCAGGAAAUGUUUUUAAUGCUUUUAAACUCUCGUUUCAAUCUUAAUUUUACACCUAGCAUGCAAUUUGCUUUUAUUUCACUGUCUCACUACCUACUGGGAACUUUCACAGUAGUAUUUCAAUAUUUCCUUUCACAAAUCAGGCAUGCGCUCCUAACAGAAUGACUCCUGACAGUACAGAUAGAUAGGUUACAUAUCCUGCACAUCUACCUUCUGUUUACAUUCCCAUACCAUCUACCUUCUGUUUACACUCCCGUACCAUGUAGUAACAUAUACUGAUGACUUUUCCUGUUGUCACAUACAGACUUGAGACCUCUAGUCUGCCUUACAUUGGUUGAAGUAUUAUAACAUCAUAAUAAUUUUGCUGACACUUUUUGACCCAUUGACAUAAAAUGAUCAGGCUUGUUUAUCAAAAAGGAAGUUUUCUUUUUACUUUUUAGCUCACCUGAGCCAAAAGCUCAUGGUGAGCUAUUGUGACCACUCAAUGUCCGGCAUGCGUCGUCUGUCCGUCAACAUUUCCUAAAAAAAUCUUCUUGAAAACCACUGGGCAGAAUUACACCAAACUUCACAGGAAUGAUCCCUGGGUGGCCCCCUUUUAAAAUUGUUCAAAGAAUUGAAUUCCAUGCAGAACUCUGGUUGCCAUGGCAACCGAAAGGAAAAACUUUAAAAAUCUUCUUGUCCAAAUCCACAGGGCCUAGGGCUAUGAUAUCUGGUGGGUAGCAUCAUCUAGUGGUCUUCUACCAAAAUGUUCAAAUUAUCCCCCUAGGGUCAAAUAUGGCCCCGCCCCGGGGGUCACAUGAUUUAUAUAGUGUUAUAUAGGGAAAACUUUGAAAAUCUUCUUGUACAGAACCACAUGGCCUAGGGCUUUGAUAUUUGGAAUGUAGCAUCAUCUGGUGGUCCUCAACCAAGUUUGUUCAAAUUAUUCCCCUAGGGUCAAAUAUGGCCCGGCCCCGGGGGUCACAAUCAUGGUUUAUAUAGAAUUAUAUAGGGAAAACUUUGAAAAUCUUCUUGUACAAAACCACAUGGCCUAGGGCUUUGAUAUCUGGUGUGUAGCAUCAUCUAGUGGUCCUCUACCAAGAUUGUUCAAAUUAUCCCCCUAGGGUCAAAUAUGGCCCUGCCCCGGGGGUCACAUGGUUUAUAAAGUGUUAUAUAGUGAAAACUUUGAAAAUCUUCUUGUACAAAACCACAUGGCCUAGGGCUUUGAUAUUUGUUAUGUAGCAUCAUCUAGUGGUCCUCUACCAAGAUUGUUUAAAUUAUCCCCCUAGGGUCAAAUAUGUCCCGCCCCGGGGGUCACACGGUUUAUAUAGAGUUAUAUACGGAAAACUUUGAAAAUCUUCUUGUACAAAACCACAUGGCCUAGGGCUUUGAUAUUUGGUAUGUAGCAUCAUCUAUUGGUCCUCUACCAAGAUGAUUUAAAUUAUCCCCCUAGGGUCAAAUAUGGCCCCGCCCCAGGGGUCACAUGGUUUAUAUAGCGUUAUAUAGGGAAAACUUUGAAAAAUCUUCUUGUCCAAAACCACAUGGCCUAGGGCUUUGAUAUCUUGUGUGUAGCAUCAUCUAGUAGUCCUCUACCAAAAUUGUUCAAAUUAUCCCCGUAGGGUCAAAUAUGGCCCCUCCCCGGGUGUCACAUGGUUUAUAUAGACUUAUAUAGGGAAAACUUUGAAAAUCUUCUUGUACAAAACCACAAGGCCUAGGGCUUUGAUAUUUGGUAUGUAGCAUCAUCUAGUGGUCCUCUACCAAGAUUGUUCAAAUUAUCCCCCAAGGGUCAAAUAUGGCCCUGCCCCGGGGGUCACAUGGUUUAUAUAGAGUUAUAUAGGGAAAACUUUGAAAAUCUUCUUGUACACAACCACAAGUCCUAGGGCUUUGAUAUUUGGUAUGUAGCAUCAUCUAGUGGUCCUCUACCAAAAUUGUUCAAAUUAUCCCCCUAGGGUCAAAUAUGGCCCUGCCCCGGGGGUCACGUGGUUUAUAUAGACUUAUAUAGGGAAAACUUUGAAAAUCUUCUUGUACAAAACCACAAGGCCUAGGGCUUUGAUAUUUGGUAUGUAGCAUCAUCUAUUGGUCCUCUACCAAGAUUGUUCAAAUUAUUCCCCUAGGGUCAAAUAUGGCCCUGCCCCGGGGGUCACAUGGUUUAUAUAGUGUUAUAUAGGGAAAACUUUGAAAAUCUUCUUGUCCAAAACCACAUGGCCUAGGGCUUUGUUAUCUGGUUUGUAGCAUCAUCUAGUGGUCCUCUACCAAAAUUAUUCAAAUUAUCCCCCUAGGGUCAAAUAUGGCCCCGCCCCAGGGGUCACAUGGUUUAUAUAGCGUUAUAUAGGGAAAACUUUGAAAAAUCUUCUUGUCCAAAACCACAUGGCCUAGGGCUUUGAUAUCUGGUGUGUAGCAUCAUCUAGUGGUCCUCUACCAAAAUUGUUCAAAUUAUCCCCCUAGGGUCAAAUAUGGCCCCUCCCCGGGUGUCACAUGGUUUAUAUAGACUUAUAUAGGGAAAACUUUGAAAAUCUUCUUGUACAAAACCACAAGGCCUAGGGCUUUGAUAUUUGGUAUGUAGCAUCAUCUAGUGGUCCUCUACCAAGAUUGUUCAAAUUAUCCCCCAAGGGUCAAAUAUGGCCCUGCCCCGGGGGUCACAUGGUUUAUAUAGAGUUAUAUAGGGAAAACUUUGAAAAUCUUCUUGUACACAACCACAAGUCCUAGGGCUUUGAUAUUUGGUAUGUAGCAUCAUCUAGUGGUCCUCUACCAAACUGUUCAAAUUAUCCCCCUAGGGUCAAAUAUGGCCCUGCCCCGGGGGUCACCUGGUUUAUAUAGAGUUAUAUAUACAGAAAACUUUGAAAAUCUUCUUGUCCAAAACCACAAGGCCUAGGGCUUUGAUAUUUGGUAUGUAGCAUCAUCUAGUGGUCCUCUACCAAGAUUGUCCAAAUUGUCCACCUAGGAUCAAAUAUGGCCCCGCCCCUGGGGUUGCAAGUUUUACAUAGACUUAUAUAGGAAAAAAAGUUUAAAAAUCUUCUUAUCUGAAACCACAACUUUUAGACCUUUGAUAUUUGGCUUGUAGCAUUGUCUUAUGGUCCUCAACCAAAAUUGUUCAAAUUGUACCCCUGGGGUGAAACGAGGCCCUGCCCUAGGGGUCCCAAGUUUUAUAUAGACUUACAUAGGAAAAAGCUUUAAAAAUCUUCUCGUCAGAAACCAUACAACCUAGGCUUUUGAUAUUUGGUAUGAUGCAUUGUCUAGAAGUCCUCUACCAAAAUUAUUCAAAUUAUGCCCCUGGGGUUUAAAGAGGCCUUGCCUUUGGGUCACUGAGUUAUUAUGUGAGUUAUAUAGGAAAAUUUCUUAAAAAUCAUCUGAUCCUAUUUCCAACACUAUUUAAUUAUAAUUACCUGAUGACCCCAAGUAAUAUGAUGUCACUUGAUUGUGACCUUGACCUAAAGACCUACUUUCUUGUUUUUUAAGAUAAAGCCUUGAAAUAUUGAUGACUUACACAGUUUUGCACACAAAUCGUAAAACUGAAUUUCAUUGACCAUGAAUGUGACCUGCUGACUUUCUUAAUAUUUUAUCAUCAGUUUGACAUUUGAAACAUGUAGCUCAUAUUACUCAGGUGAGCGAUCCAGGGUCAUCAUGACCCUCUUGUUGAUUCAUAUCAUUUUAUGUAUUUUUGUAGAAAUCAGAUCCUUUUUAUACGUAAUUUAUUUCUGUAUUACCAGUACUGAAAUCCACAGGUUUUUGAAUCUUUCGUAGAUACUGAAUAUUUUUCAUUUCUCUUCUGCAGUUCAGUGUUUAAGGUAGUUCUGCAUGUUUGAUGAACUGAAAGUGAUAGCUUAAUGUUGUUUAUCCAGGUAACAUAGAAUAAAGCCUUACUAUCCUUCUGAAGAUAAAUAUGAUAUUAAAAUGUUCAUCUUUAAUCAUGGGCAAUCUCUCAAAAGCAAGCACACUAUACAUUUUGUUCACCUGAUGACAGCCCAUAUGUUAAUUUACAACUGUGGUAGAAAAAAUUAUACUUGUGGAAAGAUCAUCAAAAUUGUGAUUUUCCCAUAGACUCCCAUUAUAAAAACUUGUUUGAGGUCCACUCUUUUUAAAUCAAGUCUAUAAAAAACAAUCAAGUACAUGACCCUAUCUUUUUAAUUGCUGGAUUUUCUAAAUAUAUUCUAAAGUUUUGAAAAAUCAGACUUUAAAAAUAGAUCCAAAUGUGCAUAACUACCUUAAUACUGAUGAAACCAGGCAUGAGUCAUCAAUUAUUUAAGCUGUGUCCAUUUAUCUAGUACUGUAUAUAUCUGUAUCCAAAACAGCUUGAAAAUUGGUAUUUAUUGGCAUUGAGUUUCUGACAUUGUUUAUAACUGGAAAGGACGAGAAACUGCAAAUUGUUAAAUAGGCUUAAACUUAAAUAAUAUGAUACAUGUUUAUAUGUUCCAAGUAAGUCAGAAUGCUUUGCAAAAACAAAGCUGAGUAUAUUUGUGUGGGUAGGAUAUUGUUGUUUUUUUUAUUUAUAGCUCUUGGUUAAAGGAAGCCUUUAAAAACACAUUUAUUUUAUGAGUUAAAUGUUAUUUAAUAAUAAAUAUUAUAUAUACAUGCAUUUGAUUCUGUUAUUUGUUUGUUGUUUUUGUUAGCUCACCUGUCACAAAGUGACAAGGUGAGCUUUUGUGAUCGCGUGGUGUCUGUCGUCCGUCCGUGCGUCUGUCCGUAAAAUUUUGCUUGUGACCACUCUAGAGGUCACAUUUUUCAUGGGAUCUUUAUGAAAGUUGGUCAGAGUGUUCAUCUUGAUGAUGUCUAGGUCAAGUUCGAAACUGGGUCACGUGCCAUCAAAAACUAGGUCAGUAGGUCUAAAAAUAGAAAAACCUUGUGACCUCUCUAGAGGCCAUAUAUUUCACAACAUCUUUAUGAAAAUUGGUCGGAAUGUUCACCUUGAUGAUAUCUAGGUCAAGUUUGAAAGUGGGUCACGUGCCAUCAAAAACUAGGUCAGUAGGUCAAAUAAUAGAAAAACCUUGUGACCUCUCUAGAGGCCAUAUUUUUCAUGGGAUCUGUAUAUAAGUUGGUCUGAAUGUUCAUCUUGAUGAUAUCUAGGUCAAGUUUGAAAGUGGGUCACGUGCCUACAAAAAGUAGGUCAGUAGGUCAAAUAAUGAAAAAACGUUGUGACCUCUCUAGAGGCCAUAUUUUUCAUGGGAUCUGUAUGAAAGUUGGUCUGAAUGUUUAUCUUGAUGAUAUAUAGGUCAAGUUUGAAACUGGGUCAACUGCGAUCAAAAACUAGGUCAGUAGGUCUUAAAAUAGAAAAACCUUGUGACCUCUCUAGAGGCCAUACCCUUGAAUGGAUCUUCAUGAAAAUUGGUCAGAAUGUUCACCUUUAUGAUAUCUAGGUCAAGUUUGAUACUGGGUCACGUGCCUUAAAAAACUAGGUCAGUAGGUCAAAUAAUAAAAAAACCUUGUGACCUCUCUAGAGGCCAAACUUUUCAUGGGAUCUGUAUGAAAGUUGGUCUGAAUGUUCAUCUUGAUGAUGUCUAGGUCAAGUUUGAAACUGGGUCAACUGCGGUCAAAAACUAGGUCAGUAAGUCUAAAAUUAGAAAAACCUUGUGACCUCUCUAGAGGCCAUAUUUUUCAAUGGAUCUUCAUGAAAAUUGAUCUGAAUGUUCACCUUGAUAGUAUCUAGGUCAGUUUUGAAACUGGGUCACGUGCGGUCAAAAACUAGGUCAGUAGGUAUGAAAAUAGAAAAACCUUGUGACCUCUCUAGAGGCCAUAUUUUUCAUGAGAUCUUCAUGAAAAUUAGUGAGAAUGUUCACCUUGAUGAUAUCUAGGUAAAGUUCAAAACAGGGUCACGUACCUUCGAAAACUAGGUCCAUAGGUCAAAUAAUAGAAAAACCUUGUGACCUCUAUAGAGACCGUAUUUUUCAAUGGAUCUUCAUGAAAAUUGGUCAGAAUUUUUAUCUUGAUAAUUUCUAGGUCAAGUUCAAAACUGGGUCACAUGAGCUCAAAAACUAGGUCACUAUGUCAAAUAAUAGAAAAAACGACGUCAUACUCAAAACUGGGUCAUGUGGGAAGAGGUGAGCGAUUCAGGACCAUCAUGGUCCUCUUGUUGUUGAUUUUGGGAUGAGGUAUUAUAUUGCAUACUAUCUGAUUUCUCUUUUGUUAUUUGUUAAUGUUAAUGUCAUAUUUUUACAUGAAAUAAUCAGAAAAUAGACUUUUUCUGUAUAGUUGUUAAAGUAUGUAUGAGAAAUGUCUUGAAUGUUAUUAGUUCACCAAUUAAGGUAAAAGUUAGGAUAUUCUAAAGGCCAUAUUUUAUACGUGAUUAACAUGAACUUUUUUCAGAAUGUUAGUCUCUGAAAUAUGAGUGAUGGGGGCCUACAGAUUUGCUCUUGUCCGUCUGUCCUUCCGUCUGUCUGUCCUUCCGAGAAUGUUGUGUCGCGCCUAGCUCCAAAAGUAUUUGACGUAGAGUCACAAAACUUUACAGGAAUUUUGGUCAGCAUGUGUAGUUGUGCACCUGGGGUUUCCUGUCCGGAUUCAUUCACUCGUGUAGGAGUUAUGGCCCCUGACUUAGUAAAAAAUUGGUCAUUUUAAUGUUAUGUCGCGUGUAGCUCCAAAAGUAUUUGACCUAGAGUCACCAAAGUUUACAGGAAUGUUGGUCAGCAUGUGCAGUUGUGCACCUAGGGUUUUGCGUCCAGAUUCAUUCAGUAUUGUAGGAGUUAUGGCUCCUGACUUAGUUAAAAAUUGGUCAUUUUAAUGUUGUGUUGCGCGUAGCUCCAAAAGUAUUUGACCAAAGUUUACAGGAAUGUUGGCCAGCAUGUGCAGUUGUGCACAUGGGGUUUUGAAUCCAGAUUCAUUCAGUCUUGUAGGAGUUAUGGCCCCUGACUUAGUUAAAAAUUGGUCAUUUUAAUGUUGUGUUGCGCGUAGCUCCAAAAGUAUUUGACCUAGAGUUACCAAAGUUUACAGGAAUGUUGGUCAGCAUGUGCAGUUGUGCACCUGUGGUUUCGCGUCCGGAUUCAUUCAGUCUUGUAGGAGUUAUGGCCCCUGACCUAGGAAAAAAUUGUCAUUUUAAUGUUUUGUCACGCGUAGCUCCGAAAAUAUUUUACCUUCAGUCAUUAUUUCACUACACAAGACCAGACUUCUUGUCCAGACUUACUUAAAAAAAAAAGUUUGUGAAACAUGUAUGUUAAAAUGUACUUGACCUAGAAUCAUAAAACAUUAGAGGAUUGUUUUAUAGCCUAUGAAGUGUUCUCUUUAGGAUUUUACUCGGCCAGAGUUAUGGCCAACUAAGUGAAAAAUACACAUAAGGUUCUUAACAGUUUGUGUUGCAAACAUCUUUAAAAUUGUUUAACCUGAGUCAUUAAACCAUGUUACAGUGGCAGGAGUGGGGCCACCUGUGUCCUAUGGACACACAUCUAGUUUAAAACUGGGUCAUCUGGGGGUCAAAAACUAUGUCACUUGGUCAUUUUAUUAGCUCAGAUAUACGAAAUAUAUGGAGAGCAGUACUGCAACAAUUUCAAUCACAUUUCAAUUCUGUUUUUGAAUAAGAACAGUUGGGCGUUACUAACUUUAUAUAAUUUGCCUUUUAAAGCUGCUUUAGUAACUCACAGUAUUAAAUGGAAUUUGGUGUACAUUGUACUGAUGUUGCUUUCAUUGUGCGGUGUUAUUAUGCUAUGUGGAAUGUAUAAGUUGAUGAUAUAUUGUAGUUCAAAAUUAACAAACUGUUUACACCACCUUGAUUGAGUAAUGUUGAAAAUUUACAAGUGUUUAGGUGAGCAACUGAGGUCCAUGCUGGCCCUCUUAAUACAGUUUAAAAGGUAUUCACUCUCACAGCAUCAUAUUGCAUUUCAGUAUAGAAAGUACAUGAUUUAUUUUUAUUGAAUAAAAAGCAACAAAGAACCCUUAUUCAGUCAUUUUUCAAGUAAAUAAAAAAAAAAUCUGAGGAUGUUUUCCUUUGAAACUUUCAGAGCCCAAUUUUUGUGGCUUAAUUAAAGAAGUGGAGGUUUCAUACUUUGGUGUGUAUUUCUAAGAUUUAUAUCCUAAUUAUAAAUUGAUCAAAAGAUCUAGUCCUCAAUUUGUUUAUAGAUAUGUUUGAAAAUACUCGAAGUACUUUUAUUGUGAUACUCCUGUGUCUGCUUUAUGUUGUUUGUCGUAUGUCAGCAACAGAUUACUGUUAACCCUUACCCUGCUAAAUUUCUAUAAUGAACUUGUCCAUUUGUCAAUUUGGACAGUACCAUUAACCGUUAAAAGAGGUGUUUACCAAAAAGAUACUGACUGAAUGGCGAACAGUGCAAAUCUUGAUCUACACUGGUCGCAAAGGCAGAAUCAAUUGUGUCCAGCAUGAUAAUGGUUAAAUCUCUCUAGAGAUCACAGUUUUUGCCCAAUCUUUAUGAAACAUGGUCAGAAUAUUUCCCACAGUAUAAUUUUGCAUGUGUUUGAAACAAUCAUCUAGGGUCCAAAACUAGGUGAACAGGUUAAAACAUAGAUAAUUUUUGUUAACUUUUUGAGGCCACAUUUUCUACCUGAUCUUCAUAAAACUUUUUUAGAAUUUUGUCUCCAUGAAAUCUAAGUUAACUGCCAAAGGUCAAAAAGUAGAUCUUUAUAUCAAAUCAUAGAAAAGUAAUGUUAACACUGUAGAGGCAAUAUUUUCUACUUGAUUAUCAUAAAUCUUUGUUACAAGUUUUGCAGUUAUGAAGUCUCGGUUCAGUUUAAAACUAAGUUACUGGUACCUGAGUAGGUCUUAAACUGUGUGACAAGGUCAAACUAUAAAAAAACUAUUACAAAUGUAUAACACUUUAGAGGCCACAUUUUCUAAGUGACGGUCGUCAUAAAACUUUGUCAGAAUAUUUGUCUCUUAAAUCUGGGUCAAAUUUGAAACUGAGGUAUCUAAGGUAAAAAAAAAAUAGGUACCUAUGUAACGUAAUAGAAACAAUUUUUUACCACUCUAAACUCUAAUGAUUGCCUCUAUGAAAUCUAGAUGAAGUUGAAACUUGAUCAUCAAAGUUUAGAAAUUGGGUCAUUAAUUCAAAUUAUUAACUUUUUAAAGGCCACAUCUUGUGCUUGAUCUUCAUAAAAAUUCAACCGAAUGUUUGCCACCAUUAAAUCUAUAGGUCAAGUUUGAAAGUGGAUCAUCUAAGUUCAGGAACUAGGUCAUUGGAUCAAAUCUAGAAAACUUGUUAACACUCAAGAGGCCAUAUUUUCUACCUGAUAUCAUGAGUCAAAAUGAUUGUCUGUUUAACCCUUAGCCUGCUAAAUUUCUAGAUGAAUGAUGGGCAAUACCAUUUAUUAUUCAAAGGGGUGUUCACCGAAAAUUUACUGACUGAAUAGCAAACUGUGCAUACCAUGAUCAGCCUGCACGCGGAUGUGCAGGCUGAUCUUGGUCUGCACUGGUGGCAAAGACAAUAUCACUUGCCACUGGCGGGCUAAAGGUUAAAAUUAAGAUAAAGUUGUCGUAGGUCAAAAGUAGUUCUUAGGCCAAAUCAUUUAAAAACUUGGUUAAUGAUCAUCCUGAUUUACAUAAAACAUGGUCAGAAUGUUUGUUUUAUUGGACUCUAUAUCAAAUUAGAUACUAGGUUGUCUUGGGGAAGAACUAGGUCAUGUGAGAAAUACAGUGCCUUCAGAGCCAUCUACUUUAAAUUUUAGCUAGCAUACACGUAAAAGAUUAUAUUGUUGAUGACAAAUCAGAACUUAAUAAUCAAAGUAUACUGUCAUAUAACUUUAUUCAUUGUUGACCUCAUUCUAGUUAUGAACAAGGCAGUCUGAAAGACAGCUAAAUCCCCUGCCACUGCUAUGGAUAGUGAAAGGGUAAACUAUUUAUUUUAGCUGUGACCUUGACCUUGAACUGACAUGGCUGACUCAUGAAUUCUGCACAACGUCUUGAUGAGGUGAUCAUUUGACCCAAGUUUCAUUAAAAUCCUUCAAGGGGUUUUGGAGAUACAGAGCUGAAACCUUUGACCUUAGUUGUGACAUUGACCUUGAGUUGACAUGGCUGACUCAUGAGUUCUUGAUGAGGUGAUCAUUUGACCCAAGUUUGAUGAAAAUCCUUCAAGGGGUUUAGGAGAUACAGAGCGGACACAAAAUGGAAGGCUCAAACCUUCGACCCUUAGUUGUGACCUUGACCUUGAGCUGGCAUGGUUGACUCAUAAUUUCUGCACAUUGUUUUGAUGAGGUAAUCAUUUGACCCAAGUUUUAUAAAAUACCUUCAAGGGGUUUAGGAGAUAUAGAGCGGACACAAAAUGGAAGGCUCAAACCUUUGACCUUCAGUUGUGACCUUGACCUUGAGCCGACAUGGCUAACUCAUAAGUUCUGCGCAUCGCCUUGAUGAGGUGAUCGUUUGACCCAAGUUUGAUGAAAAUCCGUCAAGGGGUUUAGGAGAUAUAGAGCGGACACAAAAUGGAAGGCUCAAACCUUUGACCCUAAGUUGUGACCUUGACCUUGAGCCAGCAUGACUGACUCAUGGGUUCUGCACAUCGUCUUGAUGAGGUGAUCAUUUGACCCAAGUUUUAUAAAAUUCCUUCAAGGGGUUUAGGAGAUACAGAGCGGACACAAAAUGGAAGGCUCAAACAUUUGACCUUGAGUUGUGACCUUGACCUUGAGCCGACAAGGCUGACUCAUGGGUUCUGCACAUCGUCUUGAUGAGAUAAUCAUUUGACCCAAGUUUCAUGAAAAUCCUUUAAGAGGUUUAGGAGAUAUAGAGCGGACACAAAAUGGAAGGCUCAAACCUUUGACCCUAAGUUGUGACCUUGAGUCGGCAUGGCUGACUCGUGGGUUCUGCACAUCGUCUUGAUAAGGUGAUCAUUUGACCCAAGUUUCAUGAAAAUCCUUCAAGGGGUUUAGGAGAUAUAGAGCGGACACAAAAUGGAAGGCUCAAACCUUUGACCCUAAGUUGUGACUUUGACCUUGAGCCGGCAUGGCUGACUCAUGGGUUCUGCACAUCGUCUUGAGGUGAUCAUUUGACCCAAGUUUUAUAAAAUUCCUUCAAGGGGUUCAGGAGAUACAGAGCGGACACAAAAUGGCAGGCUCAAACCUUUGACCUUGAGUUGUGACCUUGACCUUGAGCCGACAAGGCUGACUCAUGGGUUCUGCACAUCGUCUUGAUGAGGUGAUCAUUUGACCCAAGUUUCAUGAAAAUCCUUCAAGGGGUUUAGGAGAUAUGAAGCGGACACGAAAGUGUUACGGACAGACGGAAGGACAGAAGGAAGGACGGACGGAGACCAUUCCUAUAACCCCCCACCACUUGUGGCGGGGGAUUAAAAAUCAAACAAGUGAAACAGAUAAUGAGGUAAGAACUUGACAAAUAGUAGAAAAAAAACAUUGUUCUGAUGCCAAAAUUAAACUGUAUACACUCAUUCAUAUAAAAGCACAACUUUUUUUCUAGAUAUAUCUGACUUCUAAAAAAUGUGGUGAGGUAAUAAAAUAAUCAAAAUUAUAUCAUUGCUCGAUUUAUGAUGUGUUAUUACCAUUAUGUUGUUCAAAAAUUGCAAGAGUACUCUCGGUAGUAUUUUAGCUAUUGACAAAAUAGCAAGUAGAAGGUAAAGUGUUUUAAUCAUUGUAGUUUAUUACACACCUUCGUGUGAACAGAUUUCAUGUUUCAGACAAUUUAGAAGUAUUCUUUAAAAAUGUUUGAUUGUUGGAAUAUAAUAUGUUUUGGCAUUUUUAGCUCACCUGUCACAAAGUGACAAGGUGAGCUUUUGUGAUCGCGUGGCGUCCGUCGUCCGUCCGUCCGUCCGUCCGUCCGUCAGUCCGUAAACUUUUGCUUGUGACCACUCUAGAGGUCACAUUUUUCAUGGGAUCUUUAUGAAAGUUGGUCAGAAUGUUCAUCUUGAUGAUAUCUAGGUCAAGUUCGAAACUGGGUCACGUGCGGUCAAAAACUAGGUCAGUAGAUCUAAAAAUAGAAAAACCUUGUGACCUCUCUAGAGGCCAUAUUUUUCAUGAGAUCUUCAUGAAAAUUGGUCAGAAUGUUCACCUUGAUGAUAUCUAGGUCAAGUUCGAAACUGAUUCACGUGGGGUCAAAAACUAGGUCAGUAGGUCUAAAAAUAGAAAAACCUUGUGACCUCUCUAGAGGCCAUAUUUCUCAAUGGAUCUUCAUGAAAAUUGGUCAGAAUGUUCAUCUUGAUGAUAUCUAGGUCAAGUUCGAAACUGGGUCACGUGGGGUCAAAAACUAGGUCAGUAGAUCUAAAAAUAGAAAAACCUUGUGACCUCUCUAGAGGCUAUUUUUUUCAAGAGAUCUUCAUGAAUAUUGGUCAGAAUGUUCACCUUGAUGAUAUCUAGGUCAAGUUCGAAACUGGGUCACGUGGGGUCAAAAACUAGGUCAGUAGGUCUAAAAAUAGAAAAACCUUGUGACCUCUCUAGAGGCCAUAUUUCUCAAUGGAUCUUCAUGAAAAUUAGUCAGAUUGUUCAUCUUGAUGAUAUCUAGAUCAAGUUCGAAACUGGGUCACGUGGGGUCAAAAACUAGGUCAGUAGAUCUAAAAAUAGAAAAACAUUGUGACCUCUCUAGAGGCCAUAUUUUUCAAGAGAUCUUCAUGAAUAUUGGUCAGAAUGUUAACCUAGAUGAUAUCUAGGUCAAGUUCGAAACUGGGUCACGUGGGGUCAAAAACUAGGUCAGUAGGUCUAAAAAUAGAAAAACCUUGUGACCUCUCUAGAGGCCAUAUUUCUCAAUGGAUCUUCAUAGAAAUUGGUCAGAAUGUUCACCUUGAUGAUCUCUAGCUCAAGUUUGAAACUGGGUCACGUGCGGUCAAAAACUAGGUCAGUAGGUCUGAAAAUAAAAAAAUUUGUGACCUCUCUAGAGGCCAUAUUUUUCGCGGGAUCUUUAUGAAAAUUGGUCAGAAUGUUCACCUUGAUGAUAUCUAGGUCAGGUUCGAAACUGGGUCAUGUGCGGUCAAUAACUAGGUCAGUAGAUCUAAAAAUAGAAAAACCUUGUGACCUCUUUAGAGGCCAUAUUUUUCAAGAGAUCUUCAUGGAAGUAGGUCAGAAUGUUCACCUUGAUGAUAUCUAGAUCAAAUUCGAAACUGGGUCACGUGCGGUCAAAAACUAGGUCAGUAGGUCUAAAAAUAGAAAAACCUUGUGACCUUUCUAGAGGCCAUAUUUCUCAAUGGAUCUUCAUGAAAAUUAAUGAGAAUGUUCAGCUUGAUGAUAUCUAGGUCAAGUUCGUAACUGGGUCAUGUGCGGUCAAAAACUAGGUCAGUAGGUUGAAAAAUAGAAAAACCUUGUGACCUCUCUAGAGGCCAUAUUUUUCACGAGAUCUUCAUGAAAAUCGGUGAGAUUGUUCACCUUGAUGAUAUCUAGGUCAGGUUUAAAAGUGGGUCACGUACCUUCAAAAACUAGGUCAUUAGGUCAAAUAAUAGAAAAACCUUGUGACCUCUCUAGAGGUCAUAUUUUUCAAUGGAGUUCAUGAAAAUUGGUCAGAAUUUUUUAUCUUGAUGAUAUCUAGGUCACAUAUGCUCAAAACCUAGGUCACUAUGACAAAUAAUAGAAAUAACGACUUCAUACUCAGUUCAACACUGGGUCAUGUGGGGAUAGGUGAGCGAUUCAGGACCAUCAUGGUCCUCUUGUUCACAGAUGUACUAGUACAUACCAACGCGUAAUGAAUAUGUAGCAAAUUCUGUUAAAUCAAAAAUGACUUUUAAACAUUCAGUGAUUUAGGUAUUGUAUGCAGGAAAUAUGUGAGGUGUAGAUUUCAAAGAUAUGUUUAUGAGAUUUCCAUUGAUAAAAUUGUCAAAAUAAUAAAUGUUGACUUUC